CAGCUGUCAACAAAAGUGUAAUUCGCCCACAGCAGUAUCAAAAUUCCAAUCAGGCUUACGAGAAAUAAAAGUUUGGGCUCUUCAAAGGAACCGAAUAAAUUCCAUCAAAAUUCAAAAUCAUGGAAUGGUCGGUAUUCCGAUAUUUUCGACCCGAAAACUGCGUGACAAAAAUUUAUAAUUCAAAAUACUUUCGAUAAUAUGCAACGGCAUUUUGAUUCGUAAUGGUUGGUUAGAGGAGAAAGUUUCAUAUCAGUUGUAAAAAUGGCACCGAGAGUGAAGAAAGAAAUGUCGAACGAUUCACUCGGACUCGCUGAAUCUUCGACGAGAAAAAAGCGAAAAAAUAAAAGAUCCCGUAAAAAGAAACGUCGAAUCAAAAAUGACGAUGAAAAUGGCUGCGAAGCGCUCAAAGUUUCACGCGCUGCUCUGCGCUACAAGCCCAGUAAGAGAAUGAUCGAAAUCAGUACAAGAGCUGCGAUAACUUUGACGCCAGAAUGUAAGGCAAUGCUUGAACGUACUCAAGACCUAGAUCUUAGUAACCCCACGAACAAGACGAUACGACUUUUGACUAAAAAAGAGUUUCGUUGUCCGGAUUUACUCACUGCCGAGGAGCGAAAUAUUCUCUGGACACCGGGUGGAAUUCGCAGGACUGCUUUGAAGUACAAGUUUACCCGUAGGAUGGAAUAUCUCUCGGUUCCUGCCUGGAAAUUUUUAAAGGACCGCAAAGACGAGGAGGCAAAACGGUUGAAAGAGUUUAUUCUUAAGGAGAAUGAUAUCAGAGGUAGGCAAGCGUGGAUUGAAAAGAUGAAACGAGCGGAUAAGAAAAAAAGACGCGAGGAAGAAAAAAAAAAGCCGAAAGAAGAAAAAGGUAAAGAGGAACGAACUGCUAAGUCCGAGGAAGAAGAAACGCAAGAUGUUGCAAAAGAGCCUGCACACGACGAGGGUGACGAGGAAAAGCUUGAAAAGGGUGACGAUGAAGCCGCGAUUCCGGGAGAAAAACGAGAAUCCAAAGAAGAUGAUUCGAAGAUCGCCAGUUCACAAGAACUUGAUUGGCAUGAGGAUGAAGAAGCUAUAAAGAGGCGAGCAGCUAGGAACGCUUGGCGUUUUGCACCGCCUCCCUGCAAGAAGAAUCCGUUCGGCAUCAAAAAAUCCGCACUGAGAGGAAAAAUUUCUCCUCGAAUGGCUGAGCUGGCAAUACGCACGCUCCCGAAGGCUUUGACGCCCAAAAAGAAUCCUUUUGGUGUUAAGAAAUCAGCAUUGAAAGGUCCCGUAUCCCCGAGAUACGAUGUACUGGCGAUACCAAAUCAUCCUCGCGAUCCUAUCGAGAAACCACCACCCCGAGAAAAGGACUCGUUCGGUCGUCCCAUUUACGAAAAACCGGUGUACGGAAGGAAAAUACCAAACAUCAGACCUAUUCCACCGGCGAAAUGUUUCGACAAAGAAAAGAAGGCGGAAGAAGAAGCGAAGAAGAAGGGAAUCAAGCGGAAACACAUCGAUCCAAUCGUUUACGAAGCUACGAUUGACCCGUGCAUCUAUCCCGAUAGGGCGAAACGACAAAUGAAAGCACGAAAAGCUGCGAAAGAAGAAUUCAAAAGGCGGAGAGAGGCCGAAGCGGAAAAUCAAGAUCAAAGUGCACCCAAAACUGAGGAAACUACGAACGAACCAGCCCAAGAGAAACCAAACGAAUAGAAGCAACCAGAAAUAACCGAUGACGAAUAAAUGAACACACACGAUCCACUCAACACUUUUCGUCUUCGAAAAUUUAUUUAAAUUUUAAUUUCUCCACAUUCACCUAACAGCGAAGAAACAAAAUAGUGAGAAUUAUCUCAUCUCGCAAUUCGGACUCGUCUGCGGAGUUGAUUCGACGACUGCACCUAAAAAAAAGGCGAAAAAAGCGAGCUUUAUGGCACAGCAAUAGAAUAAACUCGAGCGAUG